AUGAUGUUCUCCAAGAUCCUCGGUCUUGCUACCGUCUUUGCUGGAGUUGCCUCCGCGCUCCCUGCUCAGAUCAUCACCCGUUCCACCAACGGAACCGCUUCCGCUCAGACCACUGGCGGUGGAGUCACCAUUAUCAACAACCUGGGCAGCGACCUCUAUGCCUGGUCCGUUGCCAACAAUGCGGAUGUCCCCAUGAUCACCCUCAAGGCCAACGGUGGCACCUACUCUGAGACCUGGAAGACCGACCCCAACGGCGGUGGUGUCUCCAUCAAGCUCGCCACCCAGCCUUCCCAGGCCGAUGUCCUCCAGUUCGAGUACACUCUCUCCAGUGACACGAUCUUCUGGGAUCUCUCUUGCAUCAACAUGGGUACCAGCUCUGAGUUCACCUCCAAGGGCUUCGCCGUCACCUCUGACGAUAGCACCUGCCCCACUGCCACCUGUGCUCCUGGCGACACGGCUUGCGCCGAUGCCUAUCUGAUCCCUACCGAUGACCACGCCACUCAUGGAUGCCCGUCUCAGGACAACCUCGUCCUGAACAUCGGUAGCAACGGCAACUAA